ACAGAUGCACACACAUACAUGUAGUUGUAAUUAUUAUUAGCCAUUUUACGACGAAAACAAACUAUUAAAUAAUAAAAGUUAAGAAAAAUAAAUGCCAAACAUAUACAAAAACGAGAACAAGUACUGAAAAAACAUAUAUAUACAACGAUAAACGCGGAAGCGAAACAACGGGUAAAACAAAACCAAAAAAAAACCUCAAGGAAAACAAAGUGCCAAAACAAUCAUCGUCCAACAAUUUCAAAUGCUUUAAGUAACCUCCAAAAAAAAAAAAAAAUUAAGAUACAUUAGAGAACAAGCAAGAGAGAGAGAGAGAGAGGUGAACAUUGCAAUAUGGGCAACGCGGGCAGCUCGUCUGUGCAUAUGCAUCGUGAGCGGCACAAGUCGACGGACCUCUCCACGCCAAGUUCUCCCGCACACUUUCGUGACAGUUUGGGGGCUGGAGCGGCUGGCGGGGGCGGCGGCGCGGGCGCAUCAGCUCUGGGCGGCAUUGGAGCGGGCGGUGGCGGCGGCGGCGGCAGCCACGGCCAAGCUUUCUCGUUCGAUAAAAAACAUACGGCAGUCUUAAACGAAGGUUCGUCGCAAGAAGACGACGACGAGUAUUACACGAGAGCGGCGGCUAAGCGCACAACAGCUGUUGAUAACGAUUCAGCCGCAGCAGCAGCAGCAGCUGACAGAGAGAACACCAUGGAGGAGAACAACGAUGAUGAACAGGAACAGGCAACAGGAUCAAUGCCAACGGGCGGCGAUGAUUCGGAACAAAUGAAAACGGCGCUGCCCACAGUCCUGCGCUGGGAUUACGGUGGCAAAAAUGUAACCAUAUCGGGCACCUUCUCCAAAUGGAAGCCCAUACCGAUGGUGCGCAGUCACGGCAAUUUUGUGACCAUCAUUGAUCUGCCCGAGGGCGACCAUCAAUACAAAUUCUGUGUGGAUGGCGAAUGGAAGCACGAUCCCAAGCUGAAAAGCGUGGAAACCGAUGACGGCGAUAAGAAUAAUCUGGUGUCGGUGCGACCCUCAGAUUUUGAGGUGUUCCAAGCGCUGGCCAAGGAUAGCGAGAAUGUGCCCAACUAUGCGGAAAAGGAGUACUCACAGGAGGUGCCGCAGGUGAAGCCCUGGGAGAAGGUAUCCGGACCGCCCGUAUUGCCGCCACAUCUGCUGCAGGUUAUACUCAACAAGGAUACACCGCUAUCGUGCGAGCCCACACUGUUGCCGGAGCCGAAUCAUGUCAUGUUGAACCAUUUGUAUGCGCUCUCCAUCAAGGACGGCGUCAUGGUGCUCAGCGCCACGCAUCGCUACUGCAAGAAGUAUGUGACAACGUUGCUGUACAAGCCGAUUUAGGCCAAUCCAAAUAAUACAAAACUCUUAACAAUAAUCAUAAAUUAAAAGUAAGCGUUUUUUUUUAAGCUGUAAACUGUUUUCAAUUGCUCGCUUUAUACAAUUUGUGGGUGAAGAGCCCAAGUACAUGCGCAUAUUCUUGUUAA